CGCGUGCGCAGUGUUUCGGGUGUUUCGACCUCUGUCUUCGGUGAGUAUCGGAGAUUCUGCAGGCUAGUGUGGAAAAAAGUCAAUCCUGCUUCAUCCUUGUUCUCCAGCUUUUCUUAACAGUCUCCUGUUGCUGUUAUCCUAAUAGGAUAAAAAAAAAAACCUUAAAUUCCACCAUGUACGCCUGUGCGAAAUUCGUCUCCACGCCUGCACUGGUCCGCUCUGGAUCCCGGGCUUUGUACAGACCCGUGUCUGCUGCUGUACUGUCUAGGCCAGAGGUCAAAACAGAGGCUCCUGCUGCUCUUCUGCCCCAGUCUCCCCUCACCCAGGUGUGUCUGCGAGGCUUCCAGACCAGUGCGGUGAGCCGUGACAUCGACACUGCCGCCAAGUUCAUUGGAGCUGGAGCUGCCACCGUUGGAGUGGCUGGAUCUGGUGCUGGAAUCGGAACCGUCUUUGGUAGUCUGAUCAUUGGAUAUGCAAGGAACCCAUCUCUGAAGCAGCAGCUCUUCUCCUAUGCUAUUCUGGGAUUUGCUUUGUCCGAAGCCAUGGGUCUCUUCUGUUUGAUGGUUGCUUUCCUCAUCCUGUUUGCCAUGUAAAAACUUACAAGUGGCAACAUACACUCUACUCAAUUGUGAAUUCACAUUUGCUACCAAGUGUCUGCUCUUAAUUGUCCAUGUAGAAAGAAAUGCUCAUUUUCAAUGUCCACUAUGUCAAAACAAUAUUGUAUUAUAAACUUGUAAGCAAUUACAAAAUUAAAACGUGUAUUGAAGUGUUUAAAGGACAACUGUAAUUUUUGUAUUUUGGGAAUCGUGUUUGACCCUGCUUUGAACAACAACAAUGGUACACACUAAAAUGUCAACGUUGGGGAUUCAUCACAAAACCUUGGUAGUCUGAUGGCACUUUCUGUACAUCACAAUUGGAGAAGUGUAUUUGCUCUGGGUCCACUCGGUUCCAGGGGUUGCACUCCUGGUGGCUGGAGAAAGGGAUGUAGGAUGCAGCUGGUUAAAAGCCAGUAAACAUUUGCUUUUGUAAAUUGCGUUAAAUAAAUAUAUACUUGUGUUUA